AUGACAUCCACAAAGACAUUUGUGCCAACAUCUGAGCCAAUGCUCUCAAGGCCUCGAGGUGGCAGUGCUCCACGACCGCAAGCCCGCUCAGCAGGGACAGCCGAACGGCCUAGCAGGAAUGAAAGCCUGGUCGACAUGGUACGAUUCUUCCAGUCUCCGAAUACGCCCUCUAAUCCAUCGCCUGAACCUCAAUCGGAACGUCAACCUCACUCUCGCACUCACUCUCAGCCCCCACCCUCGAGUCCUUCGGACACCACUACUGCACUUCCGGUUGCUAUGUCGCCUCCGGCGGUGAAACCGAAGCCCGAACCCGAGCAGGAAAAGCCAUUUCAUCGUCGCCUCUUCCAGUUUGCCCAGCGCCCAAAGAAAGAAUCGUCGCCCAAGUCGAAACAGGAAAAACAGCAGCGCCAGAUCGAAGCAUUGACAAGGGAGGGGUUUCUUAUCACUACGCCUCUGCCGCCGAAGGAGCGAAUGGUGCAAAAGGAGGCAAAGCGGUCAAAAGAAAGCCUGUCUCUUUCUCGGUCCCUUUCUAAAACCAGGAAAGAUGUAGAGAACGUUGGCCAGCCAUGGUUACAAGCCAAGGUCGAGGCCCCUAGCCGGCCAACCGACACAGGGCGCCGCUUGGCUUCUCUGGAUCUUGGCGAUUUCAGUUCAAUGGUUGACGUCGCAGUUUCACUCUCUUCGGAAUUCGACGAUUCGGUGCCGCCGCCGUAUCAGCCCACUGAACCCGCCUCAUCCCAAAACGCAUCAGCUGUUCCGGUUUCGGGCUCUUCGGCGGUUUCAAAUUCCGCAGGAGUCGCCAGACCGGACUCCCCCCUGACUUCCACCGAUAGUUCCUACCGGAAUGCAUCAAUUGAUGAACUGAUCCAACCGCCAUCUAACUCAGCAGAGUCGAGUACAGGUGGUACUUCUCAGGACACUGACUCCAUUUCAAGAGUCACCCCUAAUACGCCUGCGAGUGUGAAUGAUUCAGACUCACUCCCCAGACCGUCCAUUGAUAGUCCAAAGCGAGACCCACCAGAGAAACCGUUGUCUCGCAGCGUGACUCCUUCGCAACCCGCAUUGAAACUCUUCCCUGAUGUGACACCCCCUCCCAAAUCGACGAAACCUGUGUGGAGGACUUCAGUUGUUCCUCGGUACCGAACCAUCGAUAAUAUCGCAACAUCGCCGAUAUCGAGUCCACGAACUGGGCACACACCGGAAGCUCCAGAUGAGCCACGAAAAUCAUCUGAUGUUUCCGUAUGUGCCCCUGUUAAUGAGGAAGAACCCACGUGCUCAGGUGCCCUCGCGCCUGUCGAGGAUCACAGUCCAUCUGCACCUUCGGAGAAGGUCCUCAAAGAAUCUGUCUCGGAUGAUCCGAUUCCAUCUCGACCGGUCUCGUUGUCUCUGGGCACACUGAAGGCAUUUCCUCUGCCAGCGCCUACAAGACCUCUUCCAUCACUGCCCGAAGCCGAACGAUCUCCCAGUGCUCCUCCGAGCAUCAACACUCGCGCUAUUAGAGCAAUGCGUUCGGGUCCGAUGUCUUCCAAUCUACAAUUCUCUUCAGCAAGCCUGUCGGAAGAUCAGGAACUGGAAUCCAGUGGUGCUAGUCCCAGCCUUUGCACACUUGACUCGCGUCCAGCAACCGCUCUUGGCAGCAUUGGUGGUGGAGGCUCAAUGGCUGAUGAUGAGGACAGCCUAUUUACUCCCUCAAUCUCGGAACACUCCAAGCAAAGCUCAGGACAGUCCGCUCCUCGAGGACGUGCUUCUAGCGUGCGCAUUCCCCGAGUGCAGGAGCCGCCCGCGAGCCCUUCAAGCCAGUCUGCCGAGAAGGCGGCUGAAGGGCAACCUCUCGCUGACUCGCCUGUUUUGGGACACUCUAACCCAGCAAUGUCUCAGGGUAAGGAUACCGUCGUCAAGGGACUUCAGAUCAAUUCCCAGCUCGGUCGAAAGAACCUUCCCUUCGGUCUGCCAUCACCUCCGCCAACUGCAGCUCUCCCAUCAGCUCCUCCUCCCCAGCAAGCACCUCCUCCCCCGCCUUCCGGGCUAAGAGUAGGUCAGCGCAACUACACCGCACCCAACGCAGCUCUUCUGUCUUCGAUGAGAAGUAUGGAGGCACUUUCUGGACCGGCACUACAUCGAAACACGAGUAUGUCUCGGAGCAACAGCUCAGGGAGCAGCCUUAGACAUGAGACUUUCCCCGAACCAUAUCAACAAAGUUACUCCAACUCUCGUUCCGAAUCUCCAAUUCCCUCCUCAGACGAGGAAGUCUGCGGUCCUAGCUCCAAUACCAAAUCCUCACGCCGCAUCAAAUCCCAACGCUCACAGCAAACACGUCGAGGCUACGAGACAGUCGAUGAACGCCAGAUGUCCCACGCUCGCCUCCGCUACCCGCAACCCACACGGCCGCCACCACCUCAAAACCACAGCCUCCACAGCCUGGACAAGGCUCCACCUCCCCAGACCCAAUAUUCCCACCGAUCGAGAGAGUCUCGCAGCAGCCACCACGUCCGCCCCGCUCCUCAAGUAGACCACUACCUCGAAGACCGGGUUGCAAAUUUGGAGCGCCAGAACCAAAUUCUCCAGGCUGCUCUCAUGGCGGCACUCAAUGCUGGAGGGAAGAAUCCUCUCCUCGACGGUCUCAGUCUCAAUCCGGGCAUCUCCCAGCAGCCAUACCAACAUGCUCCGUUUUCGAAUCAGUAUUCCGGUCGUCAUGCGUCGCGCCCGGAUAGCUGGGUUAGCUCUUCUCGCAGUAGUGAGUAUAGUGGUCAUGAGACGGGGGCUUACCAUGGUCGGGCGAAUAUCAAACAGCUGGACAAUAUGAUUGAGGAUAUUGAGUCUGGGUGGAUGUCGGAUAAGUCCAGUCUCAGUGGUGCUCGAAUUACUCACCAACGUUGA